GCGACGAGAAUUCCAGCAUUAACAUUGCGCUCUUCAAGGGUAACAGUUCAUUGCGACAAGUGGUAAGGUCGAUGUAGGGACUUGUUCGUCGCUUCAUGCAGGACCAGACAUACCAGCCAACCCAAAUCGCAUACUACUGUAUCUCAGAGACAUACCAAGCUACAUUUCUAUACGAUUAGAAAAUGAGCCUCGGCAAAGAGAAGAUGGAGAUGGUGGUCCAAGAAUAAGAAACGUGCCAAAAAAAUGGCGCCAUUCGGCGCGGAAUGCCGAUCCUGCCGUUCAUUGCCGUUCGGCAGUGGCAGUUCACCCUCUGGCGGGUUUAUUUUCUUCCAGGUAUGCGCAGGAAACGACACUGUUUCUUGCUGUAUCUUCCCCCAACUUCCAGAGGGGACUUAUUGGCAUUGGAACAUGACUGGCGUUUUUUCUCUGCUCUCAUAAUACUUGGUAGUCAUUGCGCGUUUUAUCUGCUCUUUCGUUCUUCGUUCUGCCCUUCAGAUACCGCACCACGCACCAGAAAUGUCGGACGGAACACCCUCUGCCUUCUUCAGACGUUCUACACCCAGUGUCUACUGUCUCUGACACCGAAAAUUUUCCAGAAAUUGCAUAAAUUCGUAGGGGUUCCCGUUCUAAUCUUCAUAUGGUUUCUUCUUCCGAUAUCGCAUAGGCACACUGAUUAUUUUUUUACUUCAGUCCUUGGGCUAUAAUUCCCGUCUCUAUUCGCCCCUUCCCAUUUUAGGCGACCUUUCGGCAAUGAAGCAUCCUGUCAUUACUCUCCCUCAAUAUAAUUGUUGAGGUCACAGAGGCACUGUGGCCAGGUGCAGCUGGGUGGUACCACGAUCCCC